AUGGCGGUGAGGGAAGGAUUGCGCAAGUAUCUUCCGCCUUUGGAUCAGUCCGAUUUUGACGUAGCCUUUCCAGAACUCGCUCUUAAAAAUCCCAUCGUCUUAUACCUCGAUGACAGUUGGAUGGAUAAUAAACUGGCCAUUGGGCAACUUCUAAGGACGCGUACUGACUUGGUGACGGAACUUGUCCUCUGGAAUGGGGGACCCAUGCAUGGAGAAGGGGUCAGGAGUUUUCUGAAUGAAUAUGUCAGCAUGCCCUUUGUAAAUGUGGUUUCAGUGGACUUCAGCGUUCAGUGUCUGAAUGUGGCAGAUUUUUUUAAUUACAUUGGAAGCCACCAUUUCCCCAAACUACGCCGUCUAUGCCUGAGUCUGUGUCAUGUGCAGGGUUGGCUUCGUACGACCGAAAUAGAUAGAGAGGCGGGCUGUUUCCCAAGGCUGGACGAUGUGAGUGUCCGUUUCGUUGAAGAAUGGUGUUGCGGUUGUUUUAGUGAAGUGCUAAAACAACUCAGGAACACUGUGCAACUGGCUUUGGUUGCCGUUUACCUGGAAUUUUGCCUCGAACUAAUCAUCAAUCGUCGUGGUGGUGGUGAAGCCCUUGAAAGGAGUGAUUUUAAAGAAAUCUUCCUGAAGGCUGAUGCAGGCAUCUCUCGCCUUCGAUGCGCCUUAGGUUUUACAGGGUCAGUUUUGGUCGAGGACAUUGGAACGGUAGCUAGACUGAAAUUCCUGCCUCUUUUGGAGGCCCAAAAGAAUACUCUCACCUCGCUAGAUAUCUCGACGGAUCUAAUAAUUGGUUGCCUGAAAGAUCAGCGGGCACUGAGGCAAACUGUGAGCCUUUGUGGUCAGCUGGUUAAUGUGAGGGAGUUGGUUACCCGCGCGGGCCAUGCUGUUGAUCUUCGACCAUUUCUCGAGAUGCUUCCAUCUCUUACGUCCCUUGAAGUACAGAACGAACGGAUAAGGCCGCUGAAUGUUGACGAUUUCUGUAGCGUUUUUCCAUGCUUGAGAACACUCUACUGUUAUUCACGCGACCACGAAGGCAACUUGAGGCGUAGUACGGGUCCACCCUGGAAGCUGGAAACAUUACAUUGGUCCUUUGGCAUCAACUUUACUCCUGGACACCUAGCUGUACUUGCCGACAGUGUGCAGGCAUCUUUUAUUCUUCUAGGUCUUGCCCACAGUAGAAUCGCAUUUCAGAGAGAGAAUGUAGUGGCCGCCUUUGCACGAAUUUCCUCCUAA